GUGCUGAAAUGGAACAUAUCAUUUUGAUUAUUUUACUGUUUAGUAAGGCUUCAUCAGUUGGAGCUCAAUUCAAUGGAUACAACUGUGACGCAAACUUUCAUAGUCGCUUUCCUGCGGAGAGGGAUAUCAGUGUGUACUGUGGGGUGCAGACCAUCACCCUCAAGAUAAAUUUCUGUCCUGUCCUCUUUUCUGGCUACACCGAUACUGACCUGGCCCUCAAUGGUCGCCAUGGAGAUGCCCACUGCCGCGGUUUCAUCAAUAACAACACCUUUCCCACUGUAGUCAUUUUUAGUAUCAGUCUGGCGACACUGGAGUCCUGUGGAAAUUCCCUUGUGGUCUCCACAGCUCAAGGACCUAACGCUUAUGGGAACCUGUCACUGGUGCAGAUUGGAAACAUAUCAGGGUAUAUCGACACCCCCGAUCCCCCCACUGUCAUCAGCUAUCUGCCAGGUCUGCUGUACCAGUUCAGCUGCAGUUACCCACUGGAAUACCUGGUCAACAACACACAGCUGGCCUCGUCAGCAGCUGCAAUCUCAGUAAAGGAAAGCAAUGGUACUUUCAUCAGCACGUUGAAUCUACUGCUUUACAAUGACUCAUCAUACAUUCAGCAGCUGUCGAUACCCAUGGCAGGACUGACCCUGAAGACACGGGUGUUUGCAGCUGUAAAAGCUUCUAACCUGGAUAGGAGAUGGAAUGUUCUAAUGGACUACUGUUACACCACACCCUCUGGAAACCCUAAUGAUGACCUUCGCUAUGAUCUUUUCUUUAGCUGUGAAAAAGACCCCCAGACUGCCGUCUUUGAAAAUGGGAAGAGCCAAAUGGGCCGCUUUGCCUUUGAAGUUUUCCGCUUUGUAAAGCACAAGAACCAGAAGAUGUCCACCGUCUUCCUGCACUGUGUCACCAAACUGUGUCGAGCAGAUGACUGUCCAAUGCUUAUGCCAAUAUGUGGCAGCAGAAGAAAGAGAGAUGUCUCAGAGGGAAAAGAAUCAAAUACCGGAUCUGCCGUCUUGACUGCUGGGCCUAUCAUCACUCGGAGUGAUGAAACGCCAACCAACAACUCUCAAUUGGCUCAACUGAAAACUCCGGUGUUUCAGUUGAACACAGUGACAAUACUGCUCAUCUCUGGCUUGAUCAUCUUGGCUGUCAUGAGUGUUUGCUUCUUCAUCUUCUCCCUCACCCUCCUCAAAGGCAAAAGCGUUCCUGUCAGCAACCUGUCUGGAGUCCGCAACCCAGCCUUCAACUGAGCACCUGACCCAAACUUAUUGCAGACGCAACCAACAAUGCUCAGCCAGGGUCAAACAACAUGAUGUAACAUGAUGUUUGUGAAUGUAGUCACUUCACAGGAGAAUAAAAGCUAAAUGUUGACUUAGAGAACGGUUAUUAGGACUGUACAAUGCGCAUUAGUGUAGAAGUAAAGCAGCACUUUUUUCUGUCUUGUUCUGUGCUUUGUGUUUCAACCAUGUGGCAGCCAGGCCUCAAUGUGCAUGUAAAUUAUUUGCCAUGCAGCUUUAACAAACAUAGCAAGCACAUUUUUAAGACCUCCGCUAUAAAGCUUUUCAUUGCGCCUGAUUAUGAAUCCCAAUGGUGUUCUUGGCAAGACUAUGUCAUUGCCCAAUUGGUUAAGGUUAGGAUAGCCAGGGAAUGGGACCUGAACAAAUCGGGUAGGGUAUCUUAAAUGUUAUGCUGGCUGGGACCUUCCAGGAACAGCAGUCGAAUCCGUGCUUUUAUGAUCAAUUAUCAGACUUUCAGUGCAUUAUAGUAGUGCAUAAUCUGUUGCAAAUUUGCACUUUCUGCCUAGAGACCAAAACAUAAGAACACUAUAUCAAAAAUAUAACUUGACAGAAUGGAAUAAAAAUGUAAUUAUAAUAUAAAAAGUUAAAACCUUCAGUUAAGAUGUUUAAUUAACUUACAGAAAGCCUCAGCUGAAGUACAUCUUUCAUUUUUAAAAUUACUACAUAUGUAGUUUGAUGAUUAAUCAAUUGACAGGCCUUUUCUACUUAGAUUUGUAUUUCACUCACUCUUGCAUUAGGUAUAUGCAAGGUGGCAAAAAUUGGUAAGUUUCAUCUACAUGUACCCAAUGUACUCUGUUAUUAAAAUGCCCUUGUUAAUAUGUUCCUGAAAUGUACAAAUGGUGUACAAUUGUGCAUAUUGCAAAUAUUGUACUUUGACCUGAAUAAAAAUGUCUCA